UCAAAUGUUAGUACCAAUAUAUAUUAAUUUAAGUAGAAUUGCAAGUAAACAAAUAUGUUGAUGGGUAUUAUAAAUGCUUGGUGGAUUUUUGUAUAUUUUAAUACGCUGCGUAAGUAACAGAACACCCCUCCUUGCGCCGAGGUGGUAGCACCACCCCAUCUGUUCAGCUCUUGUGAAAUUCUGAUUGAAACAGAUUGUAACUUGCUAGCUAGCACUCUCCGGACCGGGUUGGAAUGGCAACUGACUGGAUGGAACAUCAACAGCAACUUUUGUCAUUUAUUUGAAGGAAGUUUCAAUUAAGGAGGUUUUACACAAACCUUGAGGAAAUUAUUUCUAAUGUGAGAAACAAAGUUAUACAAUUUUCGGUCCGAAAAUGUCCCAGGGAUGUACAAUUUCUGUGGAAGAGAUCCAGUCUUGGUGGGAAGUCCCCGCCAUAGCCCACUUCUGUUCGCUGUUCAGGACUGCAUUCAACCUACCAGACUUUGAAAUUGAGGAGCUGGAAGAGGCGCUACAGAAGCAGGACACAGACUUUCUGGCUGAUCUCCUCGCCUCACUGCUGCAAGGAUGCUACCAGCGCACAGACAUCACUCCCCAGGCGUUCAGCAGUUAUCUGGACGACAUCAUCAACUACCGCUGGGAGCUGGAGGAGGGGAAGCCCAACCCCCUGCGCCAGGGGCCCUUUGAGGAGCUGACCCCGCGCACACAGGUGGAGCUGCUGCACAGGCUGUGUGACUACCGCCUGGACGCCGCAGACGUCUUUGACCUGCUCAAGGGCCUGGAUGCGGACAGCCUGCGCGUGGAGCCGCUGGGGCAAGAUGGGAGCGGUGCCCUCUACUGGUACUUCUAUGGUACCCGCAUGUACAAAGAGGAGCCGGUCAAGAGGAAGGCGGAGCAGCUCGAUGAAGCCCCUGAGAUAAAACCAACAGAGAAGAGGAAAAGGGGAAGACCACCAAAGAAGAAAGUGGAGGAGAUCCAGCUAAGUGAGGUGGAGAGCGAAGUGAAGAAGGAGAAUGGACUGGAAGGUCUACACUCAGGCACAGACCGGGAGCGCGGUGCCUGGUCCUUGGUGUGUGACACGGAGGAGCAGUGGGCCAGUCUGGCCGAGAGCAUCAGAGACAAAACGUCCCCCCAGGACCGCCACCUCUACCGCAUCAUCAGCCAGAACUUCCUCCCUGAGAUCAGCAGCAUGAUCGAGCACAAGGUGAAUGAGCAGAAGCAGAGGCUGCUGGACCCCACCCCAGUACGCAGCUCUUACCGGCUUUCUGAGAAACGCAUGAGCCAAGAGGAGGAGGACACGCUGCAGGCCAUAGCCAAUAGGGAGCAGCAGAAACAGAAGGAUGAGGACAUGGACAGGCAGGCCCUGCUGAUGGAGCAGAGACGAGAAGAGGAGAUGCUGCUGCAGGAGGAGCGCCAGAGAGAGGAGCUGGAGAGACUCCAAGCUGUGGAAGAGCGAGCGCGGCGGCGGAAACUGCGUGAGGAGAAGGCCUGGUUGAUAUCCCAGGGGAAGGAACUGCCCCCCGAACUGCUGCACUUGGAGCCCCACUCACCCAUUCGACGCUCCCGCAGGACAAAAGAGUUCUAUGAAAUUGAUGAUGAUUAUACGGCGUUGUACAAAGUGUUGGAGGCCCUGAGAGCCCACAAAGAUGCCUGGCCCUUCUUGGAGCCUGUGGAUGAAUCCUAUGCCCCCAACUAUAAUGCGGUCAUUCAGGCUCCGAUGGACCUAUCCACCAUCGAGACUAAGCUGAAUGAAGGGGAGUAUAUUACCAAGGAAGAGUUUGUGUCUGACAUGAAGCUCAUAUUUGAAAACUGCAUCGAGUACAAUGGGGAAGACAGCGAGUACAGCAUCAUGGCAGAAUCCCUGGAGCGUUGUUUCAGCCGGGCGCUACUGAAGCACUUCCCGUCGGAGGACGGCGACACGGACGAGGAGUUCCACGUGAGCGGCGAGGACCGUGAGAGAGACCGCAAGGAGAAAAGGCGAAGCAAAGGCAAUAAACAGGCAGGGCCAGAAAGCUUGAUCCGAGCCACCGAGCAGGCCUCACGCAAACGGACACAUCCAGGGGGCAAGGGCAGCACCCCAAUGGAGGAGGAGGGGAAUAAGCCAGCACAGCCACCCCCUCCUCCCCACUGGGCCAAUGGCCCCCCACACCCCCAUGGCAUACCUCAUGGACAGCCCCAUCCUGGGAACCUUUACUACCCAGCACAGCAGCAGCUCCAGCACCCCCCUAAUCCCCACGGCCCACACAUGUAUGGCCAGAGGAUGGACCCCGGCUACGCCUACCCUGGACAGGGACACAUGCCCCGGCCUGGGGAUCCCAAUGCUCAUCACAUGCCUCAACAUUACAACAUGCAGCCACACAUGCGGGAUGGACACCACGUUGGCCAUGGAUACCAAAUGGGGCCUGAUGGCCGGCCUCUUCAGCCACAGCACCACCGGCAGCAGCACCCCUACAUGGGUCCCACCCAUGGUCCCUCACUGGGCCCCCGUCCCGUGGCCCUCCAGUCUGGGGGCCUCUGCACCCCCAUGCCCGACAGCAGCAUGUACUUGUCCCGCCAGCGCACCAACGGCCACCCCCUACUCCCCGGAGGUAAUUGCUACCCCGGGCCUGACGUCCCACCACGACACAACUACCCAGCCUUCCAUCCAGGCAUGGGCAUGCCUCCUAACAUGUGGUCAGGGAUGAACCACCAAGGCCAGGAGAGGCCCAGUGGACCUGGGAAAAAAGUGCAAAAUAUGGCUAACCACCAGCAGCUCUCUUAUAACCCCGGGUGUCCUCGUCCCAUGGGCCCCAAACCCUGGCCAGAGCAGCCUGGGGGCCCCGGGGGGUACCCCUCUCAUCCCAAUGGACCCAUGGCCCUGCGGACCCCCAUGCCUCAUCAGGACUCCAGGCAGUGUCUGGCCUCCAUGCUGGAGAGCCCAGAGAUGAUUGCCCUGCAGCAGCUGUCUGCCUCCUCCACCGGACUCUCUGCUGGCUCCUCUCACCAGGACAUGGGCAACUUCCAGCAGCAGCCCCUACAGGGUGUUGGCAGCGCCCCAACUCACCCCUCGCAGUACCACCCUCCCCCUGAAAUUCAGCUGCUGCGUCCUGCCAGAGACAAUGGCCCGGACAGCCAGGCUGCCCAUCACGCAGAUUUGAAGCCGAAAGGGUCUACGUCAGAUCCCAAAACAUCCAACAACCAUGCAGGAGCUCGGGUAACACUCGUCCCAUCUGAACAGGAACGCACCUCGUUCCCCCGUCCCACAGAGCCUCCCAGUCGCCCCACUCGGGGCAUGCAGAGCCCCUCUGCUCCAAACUGGGGCAGGUCACAGGAGAGGGUUAGCGGGACCCGGGAGCAGGCUGCGUCUGGGCUGGGACUCCCACAGAGCUCAGAGACAAACGACAACCAAGAGGGGGAGAGCAGAGGACAAUCUGUCAGCCAGACUCCCCCUCAUCAGAACAACCCUUCCAUUGUUCAUCCUCCUCACCCCCACAAUGCACCUCACUCCCAGAACUCUCGUCACUCCCAGAAUCCUCCACAGCAUAUUACCCAGAGCCCUCCCCAGAAAAUCCUAGCGAAUGCCACUCGUCUUCAGAACACCCAUCAACACAAUACCCAGAAUGCACAGCAACAAAACAUCCCUCAACAUAUCACUCGAAAUGCCCCACAGCAAGGAUCCCAAAACCCCCACCAACAAAACUCUCAGAACACACCUCCACAUGUGGUGCAUAAUGUCCCUCAACCAAUCUCCAUUCAUGGAAUGCCACAGAGCGCCCCCCAGGGGGCCCAGCCUGGCCCUGGUUCCCCCCAGCCAGCACCUCUCACCUCCCUGCCCCCCAGCCACCCUGUGUCCCAGUUGCCUCCCCAGCCCAGCCCAGAUGACCAGAGGCCAAGCGAGCCCACUAGCAGGAGGGACUCUGGAGGCAGUUCUGGUAACUCCAGCAUGAUGAAGUCUGGACCUCCAAAUGGCAUCUAUAAACAACAGUCGUUCAGUCCCAAGGCACAACAGACACAACCCGGUAACCAGGGGCCAAGGGGACCGGCACCUGGUCACAACCCAGCCAUGCCUCCCCACUCCCAGGGCCAGGACAAUGGAGCCAUGCGUCAAUAUGGCAUGGGCAGCCCAACACAUCUGCACUAUGGUCAACCUAUGGGCAAACCCAUGCCCCCUUCAAAUCAACAGCCUUACCCGAACCAACCUGUUCCCCAGACCAUGAACCCCCACCAUAACCCUGCCGGCUACCCCACCUACCACCAGCAAGGCGCUGCCUAUCCAUACCACAUGGCCCAGCAGCAGCAGCAUCCCCAGGGCCACCCUAACAUGUACCCCCAGUACCAGCAGCAACACUUCUACCCCCAGCCCCAGGGCAACAGCCGGGGGGGCUACCCCUCCGAGGAGUGGCACAGGCAGCAGCAGUACCAGCCUCGCCACCCCAUGCCCUCCAACACCUACCUGCCUGCAACUAGUGCCAACGUCAAUGGGCGCCUGAAGGAGGGCAGCAGCAUGGGCUCCCCCCUGGGCUCUGAGGGCUCCGGGGGCAGCCUGAUGUCCCCCAAUCCCCUGCCCGAGGGCCCCCGUGGAGGAUCUGUGGAGAAGGAGAGUAGGGAGGCCGGCAGCCCUGUGAAGCAUCAGCCUGCUCGGGUGGUGGAGUGCUCAGAGCGGCCAGAGAGCCCCAAAGAGAUCCUGGACCUGGACAGCCACAACGCUGCCGCACGCCGCCGGAGUGCCCAGCCCCCACCUCACGUGGCCAACUUCCUGUACGAUUCCCGAGCAGUGCAUACUGGGAUGCAGCAGGGCGGGGCCCCGCCUCCCCACAUGAUGUCCCAUGCUCCAUACCCCAACCAGCCAGGUUACCCCAGUGGACACUACGCCCCCCAGAGACCCCACCCGCACCUCAUGGAAGCCCUGCACCGGCCCCAGCACCUUCCCUUUCCCCCGGGGCAGACCCGCAUGGCCAUGUACAGACAUCCCCAGGCCGGAGGCCACUUCCAGGGCAUGAUGGUCCAGCAGAGAGGCCUGGCGCCCGAACACUUCCUUCACCCAGGGCAGCAGAUGAUGUCUCCCAGUGGUCCCAGCAGUAAACAGGGAGUUUGAGCAACUCUGGGCGCAGGGUGAAGGACAAAAGCAACAAACACCUGUACACAAAGCAGUGCCUGCAUUUCAUCCAUCCAUGACGAUAACCCGUGUGGUUGCCUGUGUGUCUCCUGUCAUGAGCCUUUAAAUGUGACUGUGCUGUUGGAACCAUGAUGUUCUCUACUGUGGAGCGGCUCAAAAUGGAGUCUUGGCCGUUGUCUUUUCUCUGUCUGUCUGUGUCAAGGGGCACCAGUAACUACUGCUCUCACUGCAUCAGACAGAAGAUAUGCAGUGUGUGCAGACAAGGGAAACAUAUAUUUAUGUGAGAAUCUCUUUAGGGAAUGAGUUCUUUGCCCCUCGGGCUGUCUGUCUGCUUCAUGUGGAAGCCUCACUGAGACUGCCUCUAUGCAGAGACAUGGCUCUGUCUGCCAGUGGACUUCCAGUUCAGACUGUGUACACAGCUGGUCCCUUCCUGCAAGAACAUCUGGAGAUCCUGAUCCUCUGUCUGCAGCCUCACACUGGUUGGACAAAGCUACUGGUCAUUGGGUUCUGGUCAUCUGGAGGAAGACUCUUCCCCUGACUAUAGCUCUCCUAUGGACCUCCAGCCCCUUCGGUCCUGUCCAAACCUCUACAGAAGAGAAAAAUGGAUUCGGUGAUGAGAAGAGGGGGCUGGUGUUAUUGUUUCUUUGGGGGGUUUUCCCCAAAUGUUUUUAAACUCAGGUGUAGAAAAGGAGGAACUUUAAGACUGAAGAGAAGCCGUCAUCAGAACCCUGUCGACAGACGGGCCUUGCCGUUUACUUUUUGUUGAAUGUAUGUGUGAAUGAUAGAUAUAGACCUGCGGAGAGCCUUCUCUGCUAUGCACUAGGGAUAGUCUACACAUGCUGGAGUGGCCUUGGAAUUUUUACGUUGGUGCUUGUUUUAUAUAUAUAUAUAUAUUAGUCGAAGUUGGAAGUUUACAUACACCUUAGCCAAAUGCAUUUAAACUCAGUUUUUCACAAUU